UCGCGGCAGAUUUGGCGUUUGGUUUGAAUGGGUUGUUGCAGCGAGUUAGCGACGGAAACAAACACGCGAGACGAUAACAAUUAAUAGUAUGUAGCCACACAAUGGCCGAUUUAUCUAACCUUACGGGGUUAGUCUCCGAGCCGUCCGGAGAAGCAGAGUCGUCCGUCUCCUCUGCGAGCAACAGGAGUUUGCGUUUGGCAGAAAAAGAGAAGAAAAAAGGCGAGGCGGAUCCCUUUACCGCAGCGGUGAAGUAUCUGUCUCGAUUUGAAGCUGGCACAACAGUCAGAGGGAAUGAUGAGCUGGAGAGGAAUAUUUUGGUGGUGGAGACUGUGGCUGUCAGUAAGGGUCUUCCCCCUGAGGUCAUCACAGUGCUGCUGGAUUUGGCCUUGAGCCUCAAUGCAGGAACUCCAAACUGUUCCCGAAUACUGAAAUUUCUCAUCCCUGCCACAGUGGUGCCACAGGAGUCCAUUGUGAGGGGGGUAUCAUGGCUGUGUGUUGGGAAAAUGCCAAUGAAUGCACAGGUUCUCUUUCUCCGCUGGGUACUCACUGUUUUUGACCUGAUUGACUGCAAAGAUGACUUGAGAUCCAUUUAUGGCUUCAUUUUCAGCUUUGUGACAGAAGAAACUCUGUGUCCUUUUAUUUGCCACUUGUUAUACCUUUUAACCACACGGGAACAUGUUCACCCGUACAGAGUCAGGAAACUGUUGGAUAUUCAGGCAAAAAUGGGCAGACAACCAUUUCUCUCACAACUUCUAGCGCUCUACAAAGUGUUUCGCCCAGACUUGGUGACACUUUCUCUUCCGUCAAGAGCAAGAACUGGGUUCAAGAACCACAACUCCACCUGGAAAGUGGCUCUGAGUGCAGUGCAGAGGAAGAACAAAGGCGCUGUUUUAGUUGACCAGAGCCUCAGCGUGGAUGUGAAAGAGAAACCAUCCUCCAGAAAAAGGAAGCGACAUCACCUAGCAGUACCUCCCUUGAGCUCAGCGUUUGAUAGCAACUCCAGCAAGAAGGGGUUACGUCUGCAGGAGCUUCGUUCAUUCAAAGAGCUACUGGAGAACAUUCACAAUAUAGAGCUGCCUGCCCAGAUGGGUUCGAUGCUGGGAUCAACUCUGGCUCUGCACUACCUGGACUGUGUACAAGACGAAUCUGCCUUCCUGCGCCUCAACUUUUGGCUCGGACAUUCGUUGCAAGAGGAGUUUUUACUGUGUCCUGUGGAUGGGAGUUCAGACAACACUUCUGAAGCCUGUCGCUUCCUAAACACCAUCCUCUUCUCACAGCAGUUCCUCCAGGAGGGUUUCUCCAGCACAGAGAGUUUCCUUUAUAAAUUCCUGAGUGUGUGGGAUGGAUCUCUGCUUCGGCCACAGAUCCUGGAUCUUCUCAGUGACAUCCCCUUGAUGCCCAGCUUCUACAUGAACAAGCUUCUUUUUGAGCCGCUGAAGCAGCUUUAUUUUACCUCCACAGUAUUUUUCAAGUGUAGUGUCAUCGAGUGUCUGAAUAGCAUGCUGGUGAAGUGGCUGACAUGGCACUCCGUUAGUGCAUCAGAGGGCAGUUUGGAUAUCAGUCUUAACAGCAACAGCACCAUGACUAUGACCUUGUCUGGAUUCAUGGACUCUGUUAUGGAGCUUGUGCGCUUUGUGGGACUGCUGGCGUCUGAGGGACUCCGUCUGGAGAACUGCCACGUUCUUCUGCUCAACCAGACACUCGCAUUCUAUGAGACGGUGUGUGACAUGUUUCUCAAGUACAGCUUGCCUCUGAUCAUCAUGCCUCCUGCUGGGGUUUUCUACCCAGCUCUGUUUGCCAUAGACUCCAUCAGCCUGGAUCGGCUCGGAUACAUCAUGUACAGGUACCGGAUGAAUCUGACCUUGGCGAAGCAACAAAAGCAGCAGAGAGAGCAAACAUUCCACAUUAGCAGAAAUGCAUACAAGGAGUUUAACCGGAACCUUCAAACCAUGGUGAACUCCAUGUGGAAUUCCCAGUGGUGCAUCCCUGGUUCAGACCUGGAAAUCAACAAGGAUCUGAUCGCUCUGAGCAAAAUAGCAGAACCCUGGUGCUGUUUCGACAUCAUCCACCAUCCGGCGCUUUUCAGCUACGCCAUCGAGUUUCAUCAGCGGUGUUGGCCGGAGCGGAAGGAUGUGGAUCUCGGUUCCAUAAAGACCGGGAAGUACUGGAACUGGUAUAUGGAGUUUCUCUUUAAUCAGGGCUUUGAUGGACUCAACAAGUUUAUUCGGACCAACACUGGCCACGGUCCGUCAUCGAGUAGUCAAGACGACAGGCAGCCCUUGAGUCAGAAUUGUCACUGACAAACCUGUAAAUACUAAGUGUACAUUACAAGCUAUUGUGUUGCUUUCCAGUCUUGUGUAUAUGUAGCCUUUUUGCUUUCUAUCUUAUGUGCAGAGGAAACGGAACUAAAACAGUGAUAUUUUCAUGUCCAAGAUUGACAACUUGUAUAUUAUUCAUUUAAACAAUAAGGCUCUACAUUUGUUUCUCACUUAAUAAUAGAUCUUUUGUUUCUAGUUCCAGUUGUGUUUUAAAGGGAUGGUUCACCCAAAAAUGAACAUUUAUUCCAUUUAUUCUCCUUCGAGUGGUUUCUGUUGAACUCUAAAGAAGAUCUUUUGUAGAAAACUAAAAACCUGUAACCAUUGACUUCCACUGUAGGGAAAAAAAACAUGCUAUGUACAUCAACAUUUACAAGUUUCCAGCUUUCUUUAAAAUAUCUUUUGUUCAACAGAAGAAAAUAAGCCUAACAGGUUUGGGACAAGUAAACAGUGACACAAUUUUCAGUUUUGGGUGAACUAUCCCUUUAACUCAGGUCCAUAUUCGGUCCUGGAGGGCUGGUGUCCUGCAUGAUUUAGCCACAACUUGCUUCAAUACACCUGCCAGGAUGUUUCUAGUAUAAGCUUCUAGUACAAUGGUCUCAAACUCAAUACCUGGAGGGCCGCAGCUCUGCAUAAUUUAGCUCCAACUCACACCUGCUUAAUAGUGUCUAGUAGUCUUGAACACCUUGAUUAGUUGGAUCAGCGGUGCUUGAUUAGGGUUGGAGCAAAACUGUGCAGAGCUGCAGCCCUCCAGGAAUCCAGUUUGAGACUGAUGAUCUAGUAAGAGCUUGAUUAGCUGGUUCAGGUGUGUUUGAUUAGGGUGGGAGCUGAACUCUCCAGGAUACCAGCCCUCCAGGACCGAGUUUGGAAACUCCUGCUUUAACUGAAGGAUCUGCUGGAUUCGUCUACUGUUAAAUAACAAAUUGAGCUUUUGUAUAUUUGACCCAUGUAUAGUUUUUAAUAUUUAAAACCUGAUUGUACUGAUAAAUGUUGUUUAAAAAAGUGCAUUUGAUUAUGACCUGAACCCAGCAAACAAUUUUGUGUUUAAUUGAUGUCUAAUAGACAUCUAAAUGUAGACAGCUUGGCUAAAUCAAGGCUAAACUUGGUCUACCAGAGAAAAUCUAAGACAUCUAAGAAUAGCCAAAAACUAGACUAGUCAUCAAAUACAGAGUAGAUAGACUUCACAUAUGUAGUCGUUCAUUUAAAAAAAAAAAAAAUUAUUUAAUGACUAGUCUAGUUUAGGGCUUUUCUUCGAUGUCGAUUAGAUGUUCACUGACAGCUCAAAUUUAGCCUUGCUUUAGCCAAACCAUCUUUGUUAAGACAUCUCUUUGACUUGUUUUAAAAUAUUAAUAGACAUCUAAACAAAGAUGGCUUGGCUAAAGCAAGGCUAAACUUGGACUGUCAGUGACAAUCUAAUAGACAUCAAAGUAUAGCUCAAAAGUAGACUAGUCGUCAAGUAGACAGACUUUGAGUGUAAUCAUUUAUUUCUGUGUAUUUGGUGACUAGUCUAGUUUUGGUCUAUUCUUAAACACCUCAGAUUUUGACUGACUGCCCCGCUAAAUUUAGCCUUGUUUUAGCCAAGAGGACUAUGUUUAGACGUCUAUUAUACAUCUUAUAAAAGCAAAUAAUGCUUGCUGGGAAUUGUAAAAAAAUACGUUUCUGUUAUUGUAAAUUAACAGGUUCUUAUCAAUCAAUAAAUUGAGUAGGCUGGACUUUGUAAUGCAAAUAAUAUACAUUGUCUGCUUCUCGCUAAAUCAAA